GCCCAGCCUGGGUCUGCCCCAGUACCGGUCCUACUUCAUGGAGUCCCUGGUAGACGCACGCAUGCUGGAUCACCUCACCAAGAAGGACAUGAGGGGACAGCUUAAAAUGGUGGACAGUUUCCACAGGAACAGUUUCCAGUGUGGGGUGAUGUGUCUGAGGAGACUGAACUACGACAGGAAGGAGCUGGAGAGGAGGCGUGACGAGACCCAGCUGGAGCUGCAAGGUAACAGCUGGGAUAACGACGUGCUGGUGUGGAGCAACGAGCGUGUGAUCAGCUGGGUACAGGCCAUGGGGCUGAAGGAGUACAGUAACAACCUGCUGGAGAGCGGCGUGCACGGAGCCCUGCUGGCCCUGGAUGAAACCUUCGACCACAACGCCCUGGCCCUGCUGCUGCAGAUCCCCACGCAGAACACACAGGCGAGAGCGGCUCUGGAGAGUGAGUACAACAGUCUACUGUCCAUCGGUACAGAGAGGAAACUGGAUGAGGAGGACGAUAACAAUUUCCGGCGCGCCCCCUCCUGGAGGAAGAAGUUCCGGCCCAAAGACGCACGGGGGAUGUCCCCGGGCUCAGCCGACACCCUGCCCGCCAACUUCAGACUGACCAAUAGCAACGCAGCGUCCCCCUCCACGCAGCCAAAAAGGAGUCACAUGGACGGGAGUCAGUCUGCAAUACAGAGGCUGGACACUGCCACAGUCAGGACAUACUCCUGCUAACACAACACAGUAAGUUUACACACACACACGCGCACACGCACACGCACGCGCAC